GUGCGCCGCCCCCGGCGACGAUUAGCCCGACCCGGAACCCCGGUAGCGCGGUCGGCAAGGACCGCUCGGAGCACGAGCUUCGCCCGAGCUGCAGCGGCGGUCGCCGUCUCCCCUCCACCCCCGCAGGGACCGAACCCGCCUCGCAGACCAUGAAAUCCCUGCAUCCCGAGGUCUGCCCGGACCCGCUGCGAGAGCUCAGCCCCAUCAUCUACUAUGUGCAGAGCAUGAGAGAUCAGCCCGAUGACAGCUCCAACGCCAGCAAAAAGCCCCACAUCAAAUCCAGCGCAUUCAAAGACUUGAAAAAUGAGAGUUGCGUCAAAAGCGGGGACGGCUUCUGCCUGGCCGUAUCGCUACAAGAUGGCACCAUCAUCUACGUCUCCAGCACCAUCACUCCAAUUUUGGGCUACUCUAAGGAUAUGUUGCUGGGACAAUGCAUAAUGAACUUUCUCUACCCCCGAGAUCGAAUAACGUUUGCCAAUCAUCUCAGCCAAGGUCUCAACUCCAGAUUCAACGAAGACGCCAAAGGGAUGUGCCACAACAGGAGCCAAAGCACAUUUCUGUGUAGACUCAGGCAGUAUCAAAGCCUCAAGUUCGGCUACGGCAUCUCGGACAAGAAAGUGCAAUACAAGCCAUUCCAAAUGUCCGUCUACAUCAAGGACGUGAUUGUGGACGACGUGAGCGUGGAGAACGCGUCAACCGCCAUGUGCCUCAUCGUCACAGCCGUAUCCAUACAGACGGCUUACCGAGUGCCCAACGAAAUACCGGCCAUGACGUGCUUUUCAACGCGGCACACGGCCUCUUGUCACUUCAGCCACGUGGAUCUCAGCGCGGCGGUGUACCUCGGCUACCUACCCCAGGACAUGCUAGGCCACUCGGUCUUUGACUUCUACUGCAUGGAGGACUUAAGUCAGCUCAAGGACAUCUACGAACUGGUGAUAAAAGAACAGGGUCACUCCUUCCGGAGCAAGCCCUACCGGUUCAAAGCUUUCAAUGGAAGUUUCGUCAUCCUGGAGACAGAGUGGUCUUGUUUCAUCAACCCCUGGACACGCAAGCUGGAGUUCGUUGUCGGUCAACAUCGUGUUCUCAAGGGUCCCAAGAUUCCGAACGUGUUCAUGGAGGCUUCUCGCGACAACCCGGAGAUUCGUCCGCCCAGCGAGGAGGUCCUCAACAACAACAGGCAUCUCCAGGAGCAAAUCAAGGACAUUCUGUCCCAGCCGGUGAAGCCUCGGGAGAGCAACCACCUUCGGCAGCGGUCGAACAAGAGACGCAAGGAGCUGGCCUCCUUCGUCAGCACCCUGGUGGACGAGAUGUCCCACAAGCGCAUCGACAAAGGAGAAGAGCAAAUUGCGAUCGAAGGAUGUACGUGUUCCGACCAAGGAUCUGUGGUCAUGGGAGAAAUUUCGCCGCAUCAAGAGCUUCACGACUCGGACCCAUCGAGUGAGUCCCCGCCCAACAUCCAGGAAAUACGGUACCAGGAGAACAUUGAGAGGUUCUUUGCGAGCCAUCCCAAAACCAACCUGUCUGAAAGUCCCGGGGAAAUAAAGCUCGACAACGUCCAGAUUGAGCACGAGAACAGAGACGAAGAGAAUUGCAAAGCAACUGCUUCACCGGAGUCAUUCGAGAACAAGUCGACGUCUGACUUCGCUCUGAAUGAUAGCAACUACGGGAGCGGGGGAGGCGGCAGCGGUAGCGGAGGCGGCGGAAGCAACGGCAGCGGCAGCAACGGGGGCAGCGGUGGAGGCAGCGGGGGUCGCUGCUUGGACUCCAAGCGCAAGCACUCGUCUGUGACCACGGGCGACUCGGGCAACGAGUCGCUCACGGUCAAGGAACAGCAGACCACGACGAGCAGCAGCUGCGGGAGCCGCAACGGCAGUGCCGGUGGAGAUAGCACCGAGAACAACUACCCGCCCUGCCCGCCGCUCACCGAAGAAGUGCUGCUCCAGCACAAUCGCAUGGCGCACAAGCAUGUCAAGCACCCGGCCCCGGAAGAGUUCUGCGCCGCCAAGGACAACUACCGGUUUAAGCGCAGCGGGUCUCCGCCGGUCAACUCGGUCCUCCACAAGCACACAAAGCCCAGCAGGGACGGAGUUGAUGGUUCGACAGCAGCGUCGGCGCCGUUCACACCCCUGAUGCACGCGGCUUCCCUGGUGACGUCGCAGCCGGACAACGUGGCCGCCUUCAUGCCGAAUCUGGCCAUCCCAACGUACACCUACGUACCGCUCAACAGCACGCAGACCCCCGCCAACACGCCUUUCCUUAUCCCAGUGAUGUACGUGGGUGGCGUUCCACUUUACCCGUCGCUAUCUACCAUGGAGGGCACCCAGUCCAAGGGCAUGUGGCAGUGCGGAGCCCUGCCUCUGAUGCCCAUGUGGCAGCAGACUUCGGUUGGCUCUCAAGAGCUUUCCAAGCAGGAGAAAGCUAGCUCCGGUGGAAACGUCUGCUCCGACAAGCUUACGGAGGACGGGCUCAGGAAGGAGACGUCGGACAAGACACUUCCAAACCUGAAGGACGGUGGCGGCGCACCCUGUGGCGACGUCGACGGUAGUGGUCGCGCCUUCAAGCAGUACGCUACAAAAUACAGCGUCGGAGCCGUACCUGGGUUGACCGGCUCAAAAGACAAGAAAGCGGAGGACCUGAACAACCACGAAGGCAGCGAUAAGGACACCCAGCAGGACGACUCGGUGUCACUCUCCUUCGAGUCAUCCUUUUUCGGGAAAUCGGAGAACUCAGAAAGCCAGUUCUCAUCAGAAAAAUCUUCCGAGGAUACGGACACGGAGAUGAAGAUACGCCGACGCAAGCACCCCAUGCGUGGCACUCUUCGAGAGCCCCACUGGACCGAAGGCGUGAACCUAACCGCGGACCUGGUGUACCGGUACCAGCUGCGGGCGGCCGAUCUGGCUGACGUGCUGAAGAGCGACAUGGACAAGCUGCAGCGGCUGCAGCAGCCGCGGCUCGUCAACGAGCAGCUCUCCGUGCUCCAGCACGAACUCGAAGACCGCGAAGACCUCGAUGAGGCCACGGCGGGAGGGGACGACCUCCGUCCUAAGGACCAGGACAUCGCCUCCUCACAAGGAUUAACGGCCGCCCAGAACUGCGCCUGCAUGUACGCCAUGGAAGAAGACCUCACCGAAGCUCUCGCGAUAUUUCUGGGCGUUCCAGGAAAUGGAGGAACUGGAGCGCCGAAUGCUGUCCUCGAUCGACCCUGAUUACUGAGGGUCUGACGUCUGCGCUCCUUCGUACCGGACUCGGAACGUCGCUCCCUCCCCGCCGGCAAGGCUUCAUUCACCGGGAUUCCAGUGCCUCCCCGUUUUCGCUGCCCUUCUUCCUGUGUUCCCGUGAACAGUGUACAUACUACCGCCGUCCACGAGAUCUCCAGGGAGAACUGUUGUCGCCGUUUCUCUGCAAACCAACUCUCGGUGUUGUUCUCAGCCUCACUUGUCGGCAAGACAAAGUGCGUAGCAAUUUGGUCCAGGUGUGUCUUACCAUACCGAAAACGGCUGCCAUCGUGCAGAAGACUCGGCCAACGCGAUGGUUGAGACUUUUGGGCUAUUUUAUCGUGCAGGAGUGGAUGGUUCGUGGUACUUUGCGACUUGCAUUUGAAUAUAUGUGACUCUUUUGUUUUUGGCUGGAACAUUGUAUUAAAACAGGUCAUUCGCUCUGUAAUGGCAG